AUGGAGUGCCCUCUCUUGCGCAGUGGCGUUGCAGCUGCUGCUGCAGCGCUUCGAGUUAAGCCCGAAAGCUCUCCAGUGAAGACAGAGUCGGCUGCUGAAGACAGCCGUGCUUCAAAGAGUGAGCCCAGCCCAGUCAAAGUUGAGCCAGUUGAUCAGACAGCCAAGAAACGGAAGAGUGAGUGGAUGUCUGGUUGCAGGAAUCUCCCAGGGGAUGUCAGCUUCACGAAGGACUCCUUUUUCAUGCCCGAGGUAUUGAACUACUUGGCAAUGUUCACUGACCCCACCCAGAUGAAAGCUGCUGACGAAGCACCUCCAGUCCACCCGCUAGACACAGUGAUGGCGGCUUUCAAGGAUGAUGAUGCUGCUGCGCACACUUGCAACAAGCUCCAGACUUUUUUGGCCGAUGCCUUCCAGGUACAGGGCAAAGAGUUCCCGUGGGCAAUUUUGUCGCCAGAACUGGCUACGCUGGCUCCUGGUUCAACUUUGACAGCACGUGUCCCAUUGGAUGCCAUCAUUUUGAAGGCUCCAGAUGAUGGCUUGCCGAUACUGGAAGACUUUUUGACUUGCGUUGUGUCUUUCCUGUUCACUGGCUCACGGCUCGACAGAGAGCCUUUGGAUGUGAAUUUUGCUCCCCAGUCCAAUGAUACUGAAGAGAAUGGCUACAAGCCAAUGCUCUCUGUGAAGAAGGGCUUCACGACAGCUGGUCUGUUUUGGCUUCUUUUGGCCUCUGACAUCGACCCUGUGGCUGGUAAGGAUUUGAUUUCGCCGUUGCUACCUGCAAUCAAAGACAUGUGGAACCUUCCCUGUUGCAUCUCUAUCGGGCAAGCACGUGAAGAGAGCAGCUUUGAAGCGAUGCAGCUAAGCACCCAAGGUUCCGAGCGGCAGAGAAAAAAUGCAUCUUGCCUGCAAAACACUUGGCUCUUUGUUGUCCCAGCUCGCUCCCAUGUUGCAUUCAGGGUCCGACAUCUUAUAGCCAACGAGGCCUUGCAAAUGAGCCUGCGUUUCGAAAAGCUGAUGGCUGAGCAUCGCUUCAAUGAGACCGCAGCAGAUUUGACAGACAGCGAUCUGCUUGCGCAGCUCGUCGACCGGUACAACAACUUCAGGUCAAACGUGGCCAUCAAAAAGUGGCAGAUUAGCGAUGAUAUGCGGAGGAGCAUCGAAGGUAUCAUCCUCGGAAUGACGCCGCUCUCCCGGAGCCUGAUCCGUGCCCACCUAGAUCACAACAAAUGGGAAGAGAGCGGAUACAAUGAAGCGAUCCUGAAGUCCAAGCGACACCAGCUCCACGAGUCACCCAAGGGCCUGACACCAGUUUGGACCAAGAUCCUCACAGUGACCGAGAAGAGUCAGCAGAUUCAUUUUCGCAAAUACAAUUUGUGGUGGUCCCUCAAUGCUCGGCGUGUGAAACGGGACUACUCUCAAGAUUUGGAGGCAUUGCUGUUGGCAAAGCCACAGGCCAUCAAGGCUGAGAUGACAGCAGUUUGGCAAGACCACGUGGGCAGGGCCAUCGCCCAAGGAGAUGUUGGAGGGGCCAGCUCGAAAGAAGAGAGUGUUGAUGUUGAAGCUGAGGAGAAACUCGCAGGUGCAAAAUACCAAGUCGACAUUUGCAGCCUCAGUCAUGACUACCGAGAAGCAGUCGCCUACAACCUGAAGAGGAACAAAAUGGAUUCCAACGCGCAUGUUGCCCAGGUGCUGCACAUGAAGAACCAGAUCGACGUGGGCCUUGGCGUGGCUGAAGCGUUCAUGCAGAAGAGAUUGUUGGCGGUCUCUGGCUCGCAGCUUGGUCAAAACGUUGCCACCAUGCAGCGUCGGGUGCUGUCGGAUGCCAAAGCGAAAGGGUUCGACGCAGACCUGGAGCGCAUGCAUAACAUAGGGUACGUUGAUCUUCCGAAGUUGGGUGUUGUCUUCAUUGUCUGCCCGCUGUUGGCGGGAGAGGGUGUGCUCUUUGGGCUUCGUGGUGAGCAGCGGACGUUCCCGCAAUCCAUCCCGGCCUACAUGGUUUGCUUGGAAAACACCUUGGGGGCAAAGCUGGGCACCUUAUUUCGAGCACCGAGGGGUUCGGACCGGCCUACACAAGAUGACAAUGUCUUUACACGCAGUAGUGCCACUGAGUGGCAGUCAGGUGACUAUGUGACCCCAGAGUCGUCAACCUACUUUUCCCAUGAACAUGGGCGGUCCCUGACAGACAAGGAGGAAACAGCGAUGUGGGUCUCAGCUCCUGGCGUGAUCAAAUCGAUCAUUGAAUCGCUGCUGGGCCGAGUGUCAACCCUCAAGAGCCAAUGCUGCUUGAUUCACCACAAGACCUUGUACGACGGUGCUUUCGAGAAGGUACUCUAUGAAAUGAUGACAGAUCUUUCAGAGCAGUGCUAUUUGGCAGUGCUGAGUGAGACCACCAACCCUGCGGUGUUCCAAUAUGCUGUGACGCAGAUCAAAGACAAGCUGCUGGAUUGGAAAGGUGCACAUGGCUUGGUCGGAAAGAUGACGCCCAAGUUCAGCCCAGCGGCCGACCUGAGCACUAUCAGCGAGCCUAGGCUGCCAACUCUGAAGAUUUGCACAAUGGUCAACGGCCACCUCUCGAUUCCCAACGAGAUCCGGGAGCGUUGGCUCCAGGACCCGCUGCGCAAUCCGGACUGGCGGGUCCGCUUGCAGAAUUUCGAUUCAGUUUUUGCUCCAGUGUCAGAUGCAAACAACGCGCCACGGCCAGCACCAACGGCAACAGCAGAGGAAGCUGACCUUGGUCAAGUGGCUCCCACAAGAGCACCAGAGGUUGUCCCAGCGCCACCCGCAAUGACUUUGGAAGAGUUCAAGCAGAGAUUCCCCACGGUCGCCGCAACCGUGACUUUGAACUUGCAGCAGCAGGUGACAUGCUUCUUGGUCGAGAACAAGUGCUUCAUUACAUGCGCCAGCAAGUUCCAAGUUCCGGGCAUGGCAUCGCCAGAAGCUCGCCCAGCCUUCUUGUAUGCUGGGGGCAGUUGGUUGAGCGAUUCCGCAAAGGCGAAGGAUUUCUUGAGCAAGCCUGCAAAUGAGAAUAAGGCCGUUGAAUUUCGACUCAACAGUGAAGCGCAGAUGGAUUCCACCUUGCAAGCAACAAACAUUUUCCAUUGUUUAGUUUGA